AUGGCGCUCUCCAUCGCGGCCAAGCUCGCUGCCGUCGUGGCCGUCGCCGGUAUCGCGACCGCCGCAACCGUCCAGCAAGACUUCAACAUCACCUGGGUCAGGGCCAACCCCGACGGCGCCUUUGAGAGGCCCGUCAUUGGCAUCAACGGCAAAUGGCCGAUCCCUCUGAUCGAGUGCAACAAGGGCGACCGCAUCGUCAUCAACGUCAACAACCAGCUCGGCAACCAGUCCACCUCGCUGCACUUUCACGGUCUCUUCAUGAAUGGCACGACACACAUGGACGGCCCCUCGGGCGUCACCCAGUGUCCCAUCCUCCCCGGCGAGUCUCUGACCUACAACUUUACUAUCGACCAACCGGGCACGUACUGGUACCAUUCCCACACCCACGCCCAGUACCCCGAUGGUCUCCGAGGACCGCUCAUCGUCCACGACAAGGACUUCCCCUACAACGGCCAGUUCGAUUACGAGCGUGUCCUGACACUCUCGGACUGGUACCACGACGAGAUGCGGAACAUGCUGCCCGCUUUCAUGAGCAAGACGAACCCAACCGGUGCCGAGCCCGUUCCCGAUGCCGCUCUCAUAAACGAGACGCAGAAUCUCACGAUCCCUGUCGAGACUGGCAAGACGUAUCUGUUCCGCGUCAUCAACAUCGGCGCCUUUGCCGGCCAGUACCUGUGGGUCGAAGGCCACAAGCUGCGCAUCGUCGAGGUCGACGGCGUUUACACCCAGCAGGCCGAGGCCGACACCAUAUACCUCUCGGCCGCCCAGCGCGUCAGCUUCCUGCUCACGACCAAGAAUGACACCGACGCGAACUUCCCUAUUGUCGCCAGCAUGGACAAGACUCUGUUUGAUCAGCUUCCCCCCGAGCUCAACUACAACGCGACCGCCUGGCUCACGUACGACGACGCCAAGCCGAAGCCCGAGGCGGCUCUCGUCGACAGCUACGACGAGUUUGACGAUAUGAAGCUGGAGCCUUACGACGGCAUGGCUCUGCUCCCGGAGCCCGACCACAAUGUCGAGCUCGACGUCGCCAUGGAUAACCUGGGCGACGGCGCAAACUACGCCUUCUUCAACAACAUCACCUAUGCGCCCCCCAAAGUCCCCACCCUCUACAGCGUCCUCUCGGCCGGCGAGCAUGUGAUGAACCCGACCGUCUACGGAGAGUACACCCAUCCGUUCGUCCUCAAGAAAGACGAGAUUGUCCAGAUCGUUGUCAACAACCUUGACCCCGGCCGUCAUCCCUUCCAUCUGCACGGUCACAACUUCCAGGCCAUCCACCGGUCGGAGAUGGAAGCGGGCACGUACAAUGAUGAGGGUGGCGACGCGAAUCAGACGUUUGCCAAGAUUCCUAUGCGCCGAGACACGCUCGUCAUCUACCCGAUGGGUAACAUUGUCCUGCGCUUCAAGGCCGACAACCCCGGCGUCUGGCUAUUCCACUGCCACAUUGAGUGGCACGUCGCCUCCGGUCUCAUCGCCACCUUUGUCGAGGCUCCCGAUGUGCUUCAGAAGGAGCUGACGAUUCCCGACGACCACCUCGCGGCCUGCAAGGCCGGCGGCGUGCCUACGAAGGGUAACGCUGCGGGUAACACGGUCGACCUCCUGGACCUCUCUGGCCAGAACGCGCCCCCACCUCGUCUGCCUGAUGGCUUCACGACCCGUGGCAUCGUCGCUCUUUUCUUCAGCUGUCUCGCCGGUAUCCUUGGCAUCUGCACCGUUGCAUGGUACGGGCUCGCCAAGACUGAUCAGGUCGCGACCGUCGAGACGACGACGCCAGACCGUGAGGCGAGUGGCUCGGAAACGACAGAGCCAGCUGGGCCUACCAAUGCGGCCGACGGUUCAAGAUCGUGA